AUGGAUCGAAGUUGGAUUUCAACAAAAAUUCCGAGUGACCCAGAAUAUCAAGCAGGUGUAAGGGAAUUCAUUAAGUUUGCUGUUAAGAAUGGUGGAGGCCGCUCCAAGCUACGUUGUCCUUGUAUCAUGUGCCAUAAUUUCUUGCAUAAGAGACCCGGAGAAAUUCUUAAUCAUUUAUCUAAAUGGGCAUUUGAUAAAACAUAUACAUGUUGGAUUUGGCACGGCGAAUGCAGGGACGAAACAACGGUCGGUAACUCUGAGGCUAAUGUUUGUGAAGGUCAUAAUACGAAUGAGGGAGAUAGGUUAGAGGAAAUGCUUCAUCAAGUUGAGGAAGCUUUUGAUGAAGACCCUUUCACAUUUGAGAGCUUGCUAAAUGACUCCGAAAAGCCUCUCUAUGAAGGCUGCACUAAGUAUACAAGGUUGUCUGCAAUAAUAAGGUUGUAUAACGUGAAGGCGAGCCAGGGUUUGACUGAUAUAGACUUUAAUUUGAUACUGGAAGUGUUCAAAGAUAUGCUUCCAGAUGAUAAUGUCCUUCCAAGUCGUACAUAUGAGGCAAAAAAGACAUUAAGCCUUAUGGGUUUACCUUAUGAGAAAAUUCAUGCUUGCCCUAACGAUUGCAUGUUGUAUAGAAAUCAAAAUGAGUCAUUAGAGAGUUGCUCAGUUUGUAAUGCCUCGAGGUACAAGAAAGAGGAAGGACGAGUCCCUGCUAAGGUAUUAUGGUAUUUUCCAAUAAUACCGAGGUUUAAAAGGCUAUUUUCUAAUGCGAGAGAUGCCGAGAAGUUGACAUGGCAUUUUGAUAGUCGAGAAGAUGAUGGAUUUCUUAGGCACCCCGCUGACUCACCACAAUGGAGGUUUAUUGAUGGGAAAUUCCCCGAGUUUGCCAAAGAAAAGCGUAAUCUACGCCUUGCUUUGUCUACUGAUGGGUUCAAUCCAUUUGGCUCCUUGAGUAGCACUUAUAGUACUUGGCCUGUUGUUUUGAUUACCUACAACUUAUCUCCCACACUUUGCAUGAAAAGAAGGUAUAUGAUGUUGUCAUUGCUAAUUUCUGGUCCAAGACAGCCUGGUAAUGACAUCGACGUGUAUUUGGCUCCUCUGAUCGACGAUUUGAAGAUGCUUUGGGAAACAGGUGUAGAAGUGUUUGAUGCAUAUCGAAAUGAGAAAUUUAAUUUGAAAGCAAUGUUGUUCUGCACUAUUCAAGAUUUUCCGGCAUAUGGUAAUUUGUCUGGGUAUACAGUGAAAGGGAAGGCAGCAUGCCCCUUAUGUAUGGAGCAAUUUCCGGGACAUUGGUUGAACGGAUCAGGGAAGCAUGUGUUUGAUAGUCAUCGUGUAUUUCUGCCAUGUGAUCAUCACUAUCGUUACAUGAAAAAGGCCUUCAAUGGGAAACAAGAAUUUGGAGAGCGUCCAAAGAUCAUGUCUGGUGUAGAGGUGUUUGAGAAGAUAAAAGAUAUCCAGAUCACAUUUGGGAAGAAACAUCGAAAUUUUCUUUCUAAGCAAGGGUUUAAGAAGUGUUCAAAAUUGUGGAGCUUGCCAUAUUGGAGAUUUCUUUUCGUGAGACAUUCUCUUGAUGUGAUGCAUAUUGAGAAGAAUGUGUGUGAUAGCCUAAUUGGUACAUUAUUGAACAUCCCUGGGAAGACUAAAGAUGGCCCGAAAUCUAGAGCUGACUUAGAGACACUUGGGAUCAGACAGGAACUCCAUGUUGUUGAGAAGGAGAGUGGUCGAAAAUACUUGCCUCCUGCUGCGUAUACACUGUCUAGGAAAGAGAAAAUCGAGUUAUGUGAGAGCUUGGCAGGAGUUAAAGUGCCACAGGGGUAUUCUUCUAACAUUCGUAGCCUUGUAAACAUGGAUACCUUGAAGCUUGUGGGCCUUAAGUCUCAUGAUUGUCAUGUCCUAAUGCAACAAUUAUUACCCGUGGCUAUUCGUUCAAUUUUGCCUAAAAAUGUUCGACAUGCCAUUAUCAGACUUUGUUUGUUUUUUAAUGCAAUUUAUAGUAAAGUCAUUGAUCCUAAAGAUUUGAAAGCUUUGGAGGAAGAUAUUAUUAUAAUUUUAUGCCAAUUAGAGAUGUACUUUCCUCCAUCGUUUUUCGAUAUCAUGGUUCAUUUGACGGUUCACCUAGUAAGAGAGAUAAGAUAUUGUGGUCCUGUAUAUUUGAGAGUUCAAUGGGCUUUUGAAAGGAAAAUGAGAACGUACCAGGGAUAUGUUACAAAUGCUUAUCGGCCUGAGGGUUGUAUUGCCGAAAAACUUUUCUACGAAGAAGUAGUCGCAUAUGUUAGUGAAUUUAUGGUAAAUGCAAUGAAGAUAGGACUUCCUGUAUCUCGGCAUAGUGGAAGAAUGGAUGGUCAUGGGACCCUAGGUCGUAAACAACUUGAUAUGUCUUAUGAAAACUGGCACAAGGCACAUUCAUAUAUUCUGCAUAAUGAGGAUGAAGUUGCACCAUAUGUCGAAAGACACAUGAGACACUUGAGGAAGUACAAUCCAAGGGCGAAUCCGAAAUCCUUAGCUGAAAAACAAAGCAAGUCAUUCAUUGUUUGGUUCAAAGAUGAAGUAAUCAGGGAACUUGAGGACCCUUCAGUAGUAGUUUCUGAUCGAGUUAAGAGUUUAGCAUUUGGACCCAACUUUAGUGCAACUUACUAUUCUGGAUAUGUUAUUAAUGGCUGCACUUUUUACACCAGGUUUCAAGAUGAUAUUAGUACUAUGCAAAACAGUGGGGUUACUUUGGAAUCUGAAGCUAUUCAUUUUGCUAGUGCGAAAGAUAAGAAUCCGGUUUGUGCUACAAUGCGAUACUAUGGAGUCAUUGAAGAGAUUUGGGAGUUGCAUUACUGUAAGUUUUCGAUUCCUGUUUUCAAAUGCCAAUGGUUUGACAGUAACGGAGUUGUAGAAAGUAGCUUAGGGCAAAUAUUUGUCAAUCUUAAAAAGACCGGUCACAAAGAGGAUCCUUUUAUAUUAGCUAAUCAAGCUAGGCAGAUUUUUUAUAUGAAUGACCCCUCUGAUAAGAGAAUGGCAGCAGUCAUCACACCAAGGUCUCGAGUUGCCUUCUUUUCCAUCGAUGCCACUGGUGAUUGUUUAGAUGAUACUAUGUUGGAGGCUAGUUCUUUGGGAAGAAGAAAUGUACAAGUUCGGGGUGAUGAUGAUGAUGAUAAUGCUGAUGAUUCCUCGAUGUAUGUGAGAGAUGACCAUAACGAGGGUACAUGGGUUGAAGAACAAAAGAAUAGCAAGGGAGUCAAGCUAAAGCGAAAGCGAAAGCGUUCUAAUUAA